AUGGGAUACCCUUUUCUCCUGAAGGUCAGCAGCAAUGUUAAAGACAUUGUGUUCACAGAUAGCAAGCAGCGGCUUGACUGCUCUUUCUGUGUCAGUGUGGACAACGGUUCCCUGGGUGCCUUACGCUGCGGGACCAGUGAACUUGUUCCUGUCUUUACUCUUUUGGCCAACAGACAGCGUCUUAUGCGACUUUGUGUGGUGUUUCAGGGAAGUUGUUGCUUUUCAAGCUGCUGUCGUACUAAACUGGUAAGAAGCAUGGCAGAGGAUGAUGAUGAGAUUCCUGAGGAGCUGCCGGUUGAAAUGCGGGAGGAGGGCCACUUCUUCGACUUUAUAGACUUCUACAGGAAAGCUGAGUUCUGCGACCGGGCCAUUCGUUUAGAGAUCAUGGAAGAGGGCAAGAAAGGUGAGCCAUAG